AUGUGCACGUUGUUGAUGCUGGCUAUUGAGAGGAGUGAUAAGAAGAGGAGUGCAACGUAUUGGCAAGCAUUCCGCGCUACGCAUGUGUCGACUUAUGAGGUGCGACCUACUUUGACCUUGGUUGCGAGAGAAAAAGCGAGAGAGACGGGGUUGAGGUCUGAUUUGGUGGAGCUUCGAUUAGAGAGGUCAGAUGGAUGGCUGGAAGGUCCCAGGUGGGAGAAAAGAAGUGAGCUGUUGGCUGUGGUGGGUUUGUAUGCUGAUGCAGAUUCGGCUGCCCAAGUAUUCAUAUCCGGACGACGAAUCCUAUGUGAAUCCUCAGCUGUAGAUGCCAUCUCCAUGCGCGAGCGCUGGAUCAAGGAGAUUCUCCAUUCAGACGACAUCUCACAACGUGAUCUCCAACCUACAGUCCAAGAACUACCCAAGCGAGUCCUCGACAUAUCGUCACAGACAGAUGAUGAAGAAGACACAAUCAAACUUAUCGAGAACACUGGGUCAUCACCAAUGCAAGACCGCUACAUCGCACUCAGUCACUGCUGGGGCCGCCUAGGUCACGUCCGUCUCACCGAAUCGACACUCGAGCAGAUGAAGAGCGGGCUUCCAACGUCUAGUCUAGCAAAGAACUUCCGCGAUGCAAUCACCAUCACCCGACUCCUAGGUCUGCGGUACCUCUGGAUUGAUGCACUAUGCAUCUUGCAAGAUUCACAGGUGGACUGGGAAUUGGAGUCUGCGAAAAUGGGCCAGUACUAUCAGAAAGCGUGGCUUACGAUUGCAGCGGGUAUGUCUGAUGGUGGAAAAGCGGGGUUACUGGCGAAGAGGAGUCCUCAUGGUUUGGCUCACAUUAGAUUGAAAACGAGGCCCAAAGCGGCGAGAGAUUCCAGCACACGGCAAUCAUUCACAGUAUAUUUCGCAUUGGAUCCAAUAAAACCGUCGACACAAUGCCCAAUUCGGACAAGGGGAUGGACAUUCCAGGAAGAGCUGCUGUCGAGACGAUAUCUCAGUUUCGAGACAACUCAGACAUAUUUGAGAUGUGGAACCAUCGUGCAUCAUGAGUGUGGAAGGCAAGACGAUCUGAUGAGAGAUGAAUCGCCGUUCAUGGAAGGCGAGCAGCUUUUGCAGAGGAAAGAUUGGUUGGAAAUUGUAAGCAGAUAUAGCAGUCGAAACUUGACAAAGGAGUCAGAUAAGUUGCCUGCUUUGUCUGGGCUCGCUCAUGAGUAUUGUGUUAGAUGGGGAGGCGAGUAUCUGGCGGGGCUUUGGAGACAGGAUCUAUGGAGGAAUUUGCUGUGGAGGAGAAACGAGACUUAUACAUUACCUGAGCCGCGACGGCCCAGUGAAUAUCGAGCACCGAGCUGGUCGUGGGCCAGUCUAGAUGGGAGGAUCGAGUUCGUGGGACCAGCCAGUAUUCAUGAUGAGGUGAAGAUCCUGAUCGAGAGUGUGAAUAUGGAACUGUCCGGUAGAGAUCCAAUGGGUCAGGUAUCUGGCGGGACAAUGAAAGUGAGAGGUGUGGUAGUGAAGAUGGAUGCGUAUGGUAAUAUUCCGAAGCGCCUUGGGAUCAAGCUGAGGACGUGCUACGAUGUACCUGGUGAGGUCCGGCCCGAAAUUCCAGCGAGGGAUCAGUAUUUGCUGUGGAUUUGUAAGACGGCGGGAUUGAUCCUCAGACGUACGAUAGUGCACACUAACACGGGGGAUUUUGUGCAGCAGGCUUUGCCGAGAUUGGAGUUCGAGCGUGUAGGGUAUUUCUCGACAAAUCUAGGCUCUGAACUGGACAGCUUCUGGUCGAAUGUCAAAUUGAACGGCCUGUAUGAACAGAGGCGAUUUAUAUACCCAGAGGUGAUACACCUUGUUUAG